AGAUUUUAUAACCACAAAGACCGUCGACGUAGUUUGUGCUCGGAGAGACGUUUUCCUUUCAAGAAUAAUUGCGCGGAGAGACGAGAUGUUUGUUUUCUAAAUCUCAUGGUUUAGCAUCUCGAGCGCGUUUCCGUUUCCGAACUCCGUGGAACCUGCGCGGAAGAGAGCGGCCCACACACGUACAUGUGCUGAAUUGUGUAUUUUUCAUAGAAGAAUUAAGCAGCAUUCUUCAGUGAGAAAUUUUUUGUGUGUGUAUAUAUAUAUAUUUUUUUUUAUAUAUACGUAUAUAUAUAUAUAUAUAUAUAUAUAUGUAUUGAGGACACAUAGGGUUUUAUAUAUAAACAGAACAAGAAAUACAGUCAUGUUGGGAAAACAGAUGUCGGGUUCAAAAGAGAAGGACAGAGACAAUAAUGUUUCCAAGUUGGAGUCAAAGUGCAAGCUAAUCAUGAAGUGGACUCCGCCGAGAGAAAAACAUUUAUAUUUCAGACAACGAUUUGGAUCGCCCAGAAUGUUAAGCCGUUCGUUUCCACAAAGAAAGAAAACCUUAUCUUAUUACAAAACAAGAAACUUCUCAACCUGUGAUAUUGUCGGUUCGAAAGGAGACGCAUCAGUUUUUGUAUCGCCGAAGUCAAGUUUGGGAAACAGUUUUCAAUCAAUCAAUUCGAAUAAAUUAUCGAGAGAAUUAUCCAGAUCGGCCAAGAUAAUGAAAGCGCUUACUUCGAGCUCCAACUUGCUCGGCCACAGACACAGAAGUAUAAGAAAAUCAUUGAAUUUUAGUCCGAAUUCAAGUCCGCGAAAGAGAAGCAGUAGUUCUGUUAGCAGUGACUCAUUGUCGCCCAUGUUCUUUCCUGAUAAAGUGAGACUUGAUUCAAGCUCAACUGACUCUUCCGCCAGCAUGUUGAUCGCAUCUACAGAAUCGAUUGACGAGAAUCAGAAUCAAACGCCUCAGCACAGUCGGAAGAUAGCGAACACACCGACCGACACAACUCCCAAGAUAGAAAAAACUGCUGAUAUAACAGCAUUUAAAUUGAAACUUCGAAGUAAACUCAGGGAAAGGAUUGACGGUCUUGUAAAUACAGCAGAAACACCUAGAAAUUCCUUCAGUAAGUCAAAUAUUGACGGCUGUGUGAUACUUGCUAGCACACCCAGGGAGUUGUCUCAUGACAUCAAUCAGGACGAGCACAAUAGGUCACUUACACCGGAAAACAUAAUGUUAAUUCCACAGACCAUGAGCGCCAUCAAAAAGAGCCAUAAAAAGGAAAAAUUGCAUUAUUUCGAAGAUCUAUUGUCCACACGGCAGAUGGAGGUUUCGAUAGCAGAUACAAAUCUGCAUACAAACGCAACGACAAAAUCGUUGGAAUCGCACGAGGCGAGCGAUAGUUUUUACAAUAUGACUCCCGUAAAGGAAACUCAGAAGAAGAAAAAAGUCGUUAAGAAGAUGCUCACUUAUAAGGACAGCGGGCUCAAUGAUACCAGAUCGCUUCUGAUGGAUCACGAUGCGGAGAACACUACACUAAGUAAAGAUGAUUCAGAUGAAAACAGAUCGGAUAAGUCGCGAGAUGACAAAAUACAGAAUAUUGAUUUGAUUGGUCGCGACGUUGUUGAACGUGAAAAAACUUCGCUAGAUAGCGACAUAGAUCUCACUCAAAACUACGACGAUGAGAAAGAAGAAAGUGACUGGUCCGAGAAAACCAAUUCCGAGAAAGAAUCUCAGUAUCCGCAAGAAGAAGCGUCACGUAAAGCGAACAAUGCGACAACGAGUGAAAGAAGAACGGUGUCUCCGGAACGCGAGUCAACUAGUUUUCAAGACGACAAUAACGCAGCAACUACACCCGACAAUCACAUAAACCUUUUGAAGCAGGUGUGCACGGAAUCGAUUAAAAAGUCGCACAAAAAGGUAAAAUAUGAAAAAAGAAAAGCUUUAUCUCAGAAACAGAUUCUUCAUCAGACAAUGGAAAUAGAUAAAGCGUCGGAAGACACCGAUCGUCACAAAGAUGAAGCGAACGACAAAAAUGCGAUCACAACUCCAACUUCGACUCGUCAGAAUUCCGGUCGUCCGGUCACACCCGAGGUUUUGAAUUCCAGCAGACUCUUACUGUCUCAAUUUUAUUCGAUCAAAAAGUCACAUAAAAAAGACAAGGAAAAAAAAGAAAAGGUCCAGUCCAGCGCGAUCAAACAUCACAAAUAUUCGAAAACAAAUAGCAACUGGUCGAAAGAUGACGGGGAAACUAGCGCUGAUGCGAACACCUCGCGGAACAACGUGUCGCUCCAGUUAGCGGAUUCUCUUGACGACGUGUUGAUCAAGAAGGGAAAGAGAUCAUUGAGAAUGUCCUUGUAUGGCAACAAGAAGAGUACAGACGCGGAUGACGAAUUUAAGAUCUACACUCCGAUCAAGAGAAGACCGUUGAUUCCGCUCGCUAAUAGCGCGAACAAACCGUCGUCACAGGAGAAGACCAAGCUCACGGAAGCGACGUCGAAAGAAAUCGAUUGCUUCAGAUGCACAACACCGGUGGCGCGUCAUUGCGUCGCGUCUGAGAAAAAUAGAGAAUCGGAAGCACACAGUUCGAACGACGUACUAGCGGAUGCCGGAAAUCGAACUCGCAACAAUGGCGCAUCGACUCCGACGAAUACAUGUUCGACGACGGAGCUACGUCACAAUAUCGACUCUAUCAAAGCGUCGCACAAGAAAGAGAAGCUCGACCGCAGCGGCGUUUGCAGAAAGCAGAUUUUAGAAAAGAACCAGCUCUACACCAUCAAGAACAUCAGUUUCGCAGAUACGUCGAGCGAAGAUCAUUCGUUGGAAGACGAUAUUGGCUACACCGAAACGGGAACGUGCAGUAACACAUGUGGAUUGAGUGCGGACAAAAACCGCGAGGGAAUUAUUAUUCGCGAAACAUUGGCGAGUCGAGCGGAAAAUAGCAGUGAAAAUUCAAAGGAAUUGAAGUUCUCCGUCGUUGCAACGCCUCCGAACGACUCGAAUAUCGCCAAGUUGAUCAGACUGUCUCACACAACUUCCAUAAAGAAAUCUCACAAAAAGGAACGUGACAAUAAUGCUCAAGCUAAGUACAUAUUUAUGAGCGAGGAACACGACUUGUCCGACGACGGAUCGAUAUUCAAUGAGGAAGAUCGAUUGAUUUCUGACGAAUUUCAGAACCUGUACCACGACAAUAUGACAAACGACAACUCGAUAUAGAUUAUUAGACUAUGAAAGUACACGCUCUAUAUGAAUUAUGACAGCGCGUCGCGACAAUAAUGUGUAAAUAACAUAGGAUGGAUUGAUUUUUUUUUAAAUAGCACAGACAAAUUAACGAAGAGAAUAUUAUUAUUAUUUGACAAAGUUUUAGCGUACUAUUUCUAGUUACUUUUUUGAUUUGCCAACGUAUCUGCGGAUUUUUAUCCGUCCGCGAUGAUUUAGUAGAAAGAUUUUUCUCGACUUUGAAUCAAACUUAAGUUAAGAAACAACACAACAUUCACGUAACUUGAGAAAAAGUAUAUAAUAUAAAAAUUAUCAACAUCUCGUUGAUUUUCAUAUACGAGAAAGGUCUAAAAAAAAAAAAAAAAAAAAA